ACGACCUGACCUAUGACCCGGUACUGUCGGGCACAGGACAAAGCAUGAAGCUAAAGGAACUUGAGAGGCCUGCUGUCCAGGUGUGGAGUCCAGCCAGCCAGCACCCGAUCUAUCUGGCAACAGGAACAUCUGCCCAGCAGCUGGAUGCAUCCUUCAGCACAAAUGCUACCUUGGAAAUCUUUGAGGUUGACUUCAGGGACCCUUCCCUGGAUCUGAAGUGCAAAGGAGUCCUUUCUGCUUCUAGCAGGUUUCACAAGCUGAUCUGGGGGAAUUUUAGCAGUGGAUCUCCUGAAGGCUCUGGGGUCAUUGCAGGUGGAGGGGACAAUGGUGUGCUCACCCUGUUCAGUGUAUCCCAAAUCCUGACUUCCGGGAAGGAACCUCUCAUUGCUCAGAAGGAGAAGCACACAGGUGCUGUCAGAGCCCUUGACUUUAAUCCUUUCCAGAGCAACCUCCUGGCCUCAGGAGCAAAUGAUUCAGAAAUCUUCAUUUGGGAUUUGAAUAAUUUUAACGUGCCAAUGAUGCCAGGAUCCAAGUCUCAGCAGCCUCCAGAGGAUGUUAGUGCUCUGUCUUGGAAUCAGCAAGUCCAGCACAUCCUUUCCUCUGCUCAUCCCAGUGGUAAGGCUGUGGUGUGGGACCUCAGGAAGAAUGAGCCCAUCAUCAAGGUCAGCGACCACAGCAAUAGGAUGCACUGCUCUGGCCUGGCUUGGCAUCCAGAAGUGGCUACACAGCUGGUGCUGUGCUCUGAGGACGAUCGCCUUCCAGUGAUCCAAAUGUGGGACCUACGGUUUGCCUCAUCCCCACUCAAAGUGCUGGACAGCCAUAGCAGGGGAGUGCUGUCAGUGUCGUGGAGCCAGGCUGACCCAGAGCUGCUGCUCAGUAGCGCCAAAGAUAACCAGAUCCUGUGCUGGAACCUGGGAAGCGGAGAGGUGGUAUAUAAGCUGCCCACACAGAACCGAUGGUGCUUUGAUGUCCAGUGGUGUCCAAGGAACCCUCCAGUAUUCUCAGCUGCCUCCUUCAAUGGCUGGAUCAGUUUGUACUCAGUCAUGGGAGGAAACUGGGAAGCCCAGCAGAAGACCCAAGCCGACAAGAUCUCAUCUUCUUUCAGUAGCCUUGAUCCAUUUGGCACUGGCCAUCCUCUUCCUCCACUGGAGGUACCGGAGCAGGUGGCCCACACCAACUUAAUUCCUCCACUGAAGAAGCCCCCAAAAUGGGUUCGUCGGCCAACAGGUGCCUCAUUUGCAUUUGGGGGAAAACUGGUCACCUUUGGUCUGCCCAGCCCCCCAACCCAGCAAUUACCACAGCCUAUCUCUCACCUCAUCUUCAUCAGUCAAGUUACCACAGAGUCUGAGCUGUUGGCACGGUCCAUGGAACUUCACGAGGCUUUAGGGUCAGGUAGUCUCCUGAAUUACUGUCAAAGUCAGAUCCAGCGAGCUUCAUUGCCCUCUGAGAAGGACAUCUGGCAAUUCCUAAAGGCCACUUUGGAAAAGGAAUCCAGGAUCAAAUUCCUCAAGCUGUUAGGAUAUAGUAAGGAGGAGCUAUACGAGAAGAUGGCCACAUGUUUGAGGAGUGGUUCAGAAGUAGGUGAGAGUCUUCACCCCAAAGGAGGUGACCUCCACUGGAACAGACAAGCCUUCUGCAGGCAGGGCUCGAGACGCUCUUCGGAGGAAUCUGCUGCGUCCUCUGCCUUCUUUGAUGAGCUUGUCCCUCAGAACAUGACCCCGUUGGAGAUCCCUGUCACAGAAGACACUGAUGGGCUGCUAAGCCAGGCUCUGCUGCUGGGAGAACUGGGUCAUGCUGUGGAACUCUGUCUGAAGGAGGAAAGGUUUGCGGAUGCCAUCAUCCUGGCUGGAAUUGGUGGGGAUAAGUUGUUGCGGAAAACUCAGCAGCGCUACUUUGCCCAGAAGAAGUCCAGCAUUGCCUCAUUUCUGGCCUGCAUGGUGGAGCAGAAGUGGAAGAACGUAGUAUGUUCAUGCAGUCUGAAGAACUGGAAAGAGACUCUGGCCCUGCUGCUGACACAUUGUGGCCGCCAAGACUUCCCUGAGCUCUGUGAUAUGCUGGGAAUCCGCCUAGAGCAGGAAGGUGGGGGAACAUUAUCUGCUGAAGCCUGCCUCUGUUACAUCUGCUCAGGAAAUGUGGAGCGGCUGGUGGAGUGCUGGAUGAAAAUCCACCAGACUUCUUUACCCAUGACUUUGCAGGACCUGAUGGAGAAGGUGAUGGUUCUUAGUAAGAGCCCAGAGUUGCUCCAGCACCCAGAAAGGGCAGUCUCUGGUCCUGUCACAGCCCACAGAGUUACUCAGUAUGCCAGCUUACUGGCAGCGCAGGGCAGCCUUGCCAUUGCCAUGAGCUAUCUUCCCAGCCACUGUACUCAACCUCCUGUCCAGCAGUUGAGAGAUCGCCUCUUCCAUGCCCAGGGGCCUGGGCUCCUGAAUCAGCAGCCUCCUCCUUUCCCCUUUCCUCGGAUCCCUGUGAGAUCUUCUCCCCAGCCUAGAGGCCUUGGAGUCCGGCUCCACACUGCAGGAUUCCGGCCCCUUCACCAGGUCUCAGCUCCACCCCCAGGACCAAGGGUCUUCAUGUCUCAGCCCUCAGCAACGAUGCCGUUGGCCCUCACCCACCCAAGCACCUAUCAGAACCCCAGAACCCAGACCACUAGGGACUCUAGGGCAGCAGGCCCCCGGCUGGUUCCACCUCCCCCACCAGGUCCUAGAGUAGGGACAGCUCUGCCUCAGCCACAGCUGCUGGGAGUGCAGCAGACCCAGGCCCCCGGUCCUGUGGGCUUCCCAGGUGCCCAGACUUUCCCUGGGCCACCUCCGCCAAUGGCUUCUCAGACAGUGUCAUUUCCCGGCUCUACUUUCCUAGCAGGGGUCCCAUCCACUUCCCUUCCCGCCUGGUCCCCUGGGCCUGGCCCACCGCCCCCCACUGGCUCCCAACCUCCGGUUCCUCCCAUUAGUUUCCCUAUGACAUGUCCUUCUGGAGGGCCUGGUGCUCCAGUUUCUAGAACUUUGCCAGCCACCAGCAUCCUGGAACCCCAGACAGGGCUCCGGGAACCCUGCAGAGAUACCUCAGCUUCCAAGGGAGGCCUCCAAAGAACAAAGCUGCCUGAGAUGUUUACACCUCCAGCCCCCAUCACUGCUCCUAUCGGGAAUCUGCCCCCUAAUCCUCGAGAAGCCUGCUCACCCGGCCCUUCACUUUCUGGCAUGGGUCAGGCUCCCCCAGGAGCUCCAGGAGAGCUUAGUCUACAACUACAGCAGCUGCCACCUGAACCAGUGAGGAAGAAGGAGAUCCCCCCAGAGCACCGGCCACUCAAGACCAGCUUUGAAGCCCUUCUCCAGCGCUGUGCCCUGUCAGCCUCUGACCCUAAAACAAAACGGAAGCUGGAGGAAGUGGCCCUGAGAUUGGAAUACCUGUAUGAGAAGCUGCAGGAGGGAAUGCUGUCUCCCAACGUUCUGGCUGGGCUCCAUGAGGUCUCCCGAUGUGUGGAUACUGGUAGUUACGAGCAGGCCCUGGUGGUGCACACCCAGGUGGUGAGCAGCAGCAGCUUUAGUGAGGUGUCUGGCUUCAUGCCUGCCCUGAAGACCAUCCUCACCAUUGCCCACAAGCUUCAAGGGGGACAAUGAGAUGGGCCACUGUGUCCUCCCAUCCCUCUUUCAGAGGUUGGGGGACUGAUGGGGUGCUCAGAUAGAUGGUGAUGGAUGGAUAGAUGGCAUGUGUCCCACCUUCCCUCUCCCACCCCCUCAGAAUUAAGGGGACACCAAAAAUAGUCUCUUUUCCUCUCCCGUGUCUCUAGACCCCCCAGUCCUAGAUCCCUAGAUCUGGAUGGCUGUCCAUCCAGCUGGGCUUGCACUGAGGCCCCUUCCCCAGCCUGUGUGAGAGCUGACUUGGCUUGGCUGUGUGUUGUAAAGGCAGAUCCUCAUCCCAUCCUUUACCUUUUCUACUUGGCUUGCCUCCUUCAGCCCAUCCUAGAUUCCUUUAGACUCCAUUGUCUCCCAGCCUCAUCCCCUCUGCAGCCUUCAAAGAGGGUGAAAGAGAAAGGACUCUGCAUUACUCUACCCUCUUUCCACCAGCAUUCUAGGCACCCACGAGUGUUCUUUUCUCCUCUCUUUUGUGGCCCUGCUCUCACCCUCACUCCUCCUUAAGCCUCUCUCCAGUUCUGUUGGAGUUAGACAAGAGCUGGUUAGUCCCCAGGGAUAGGGAGCUCUUAAGGUCCUCCGGCUCUUCUUCCUCUAAGCUCCUCACCAUGUGCCUCAAGCCUCCUUCUCUGGCUCACCCUUUGGAUUCUGCUGUUUGAUGCACUGAAAUACUGGAGGGUAAAAUAAAGCUGCUUUGAUUGUA